AUGAUAUGUUUUCUUUUUUUAGACUUUAUUCGUGAUCGUAGUUCAUCAAAAUUUCAACAAACUAAAACAUAUGAUGACAUAUUUGAUUUUCGUAUACAAUUUCAAUAUAAUCCUUGUACACGUAGUGAUCAAAUGGAUACAAUUGAAUAUGAAUUACAUCAACAAUUUCCAUUACUUAGUUCAAAGUUUAAAAAUGAAAAUAUUUUACAACCAUUAAAUAAUAAUAUAAAUGAUGAUCAAGAAUUUUAUAUAUGUAAAGAAUUAUGUCCAUAUGUACAUUUUAUUCGACGUGAUUUUGGUGAUGUUUAUCAACAUAGUGGUGAUGAUAAAUUAUUUGAAAAUUUUACUAUUUAUCUUGAAUCAUCGGUUGAAUAUCAUAUUAAUCAUCAACAAUCUACAUGUAAACGUGAAUUAGCUACACAUGGAAUAGUUUAUGCUCGAUUAGAUCUUAAUACAAUGGUGUCAUCAAAUUCAAUUGAUGAAGAUUUAUUAAUAGAAAAAUUAUGGAAUAUGGGUGAAGGUUUAACAUCCAUAGCUGGUCAAUAUACCACAUCAGAAACUCAACAAUCAACAAAUUAUUAUACACAUGAUGGAAAUAAAUAUACGGCUCAAGAUGAAGCACUUGUUCAAACAAUACUUAAACAAUCAACAUUACAUUCAAUGCUUGGCUUAACAAAUGAUGCAACAGAUGAUGAAAUUGAACAAAGUUUUAAGCAUAUAACAAAUCAAUUAGAUAUGAAAUGGAAUUGUAUUCGAGCUGAUAUAAUUUCAUUGUUGGGAAAAAAAAUGGAUAAUCAACAAUCCACUAAAAUGCCAAAACCAUUCGAUACUGAUCCUGAAUUAAAUACAUCAACUAUGGAAAGUAAUCCACAACAAUUUGGAUUACGAGAAGAUGAUGGGUUCAAGCAAGAAGACGAUUAUCGACAAGAAUUAAUGAAGGUUCAAGAUGAAAUUGUAACGUUACGUCAAGUACUUGGAGCUAAAUUAAGACGUGAAAGUGAACUUAAAACACUAUUAGGUGUUGGUUUUGUUGAUGAUCUUAAACAAGAUUGGCAAGAAACUGUUCAUGAUAUUAAAUCAUCAACGGCUUAUCAAAAAACAGCUGAAACAUUACAAGCUGCUUCAAAUAAAAUUGCUCCAGCUUUUCAAACGGUUAAUACAACAUUUAAAACACGUCUUGGUUCUCUUAGAAAUUCAAAUUAUUUCAAAACAUUUGAAAAUACACUUGGUUCAACUGUUACUGCUGUUAAAUCAAAAAUGACAUCAUCAAAAUCAGCAAUGCAUUUUAAUGGAAACGAUACAAAUGACAUGAGUCAUGGAGCAACAGGUGGACCUAUGUCUACUAGUGCAUCGCAUGAUGAAUAUCUUAAUUUUAGUGACGGUUCAAGUGAAAAAAAAGAUUUAACAAAUAAAUAA